GAUAAAAAGACAGACACACACUCCUCCCACCAUUCAGUGUGUUGAAUUACUCAGCCGGUGUGUGUUGCUGCUCACACACAGAGACGAGGAGAGGCACGCUUUAACUAUCAAGAGGACCGAACAACACACACGGGGGGACGGAGUAACCGACAAUAUGAAACGGGACUUAUUUUAGCGAACGUUCGACCGAGGCCACCGUACAACACCCGGCUUUUUUUUCUUCUUCUUCUUCUCCUCCUUUGUUUUUCGGUGUAAAACUUCGGCUCUGUCAGCAUUCGGCGUCACCGACCACCCACCGUUCUCUCUCUCUCUCUCUCUCUCUCUCUCUCUCACACACACACACGCGUUACGUUUGACACCGGAGUUGUCCCCGUUUGACAUCACCGGGUGAUAACGUUAGCAGCCCACAGACAGUGGGAUGUUCUCGCUCUGGGAGCAGCACUGACUGAAGUAGCAUGGUGAAGCACCAACCCCUCCAGGUCUAUGAGCGCCAGCUGUGUUUGUCGUGUAUCACCGGGAUCUACGGCUGCCGCUGGAAGCGCUAUCAACGUUCCCACGAUGACACCACCAAGUGGGAGCUGCUGUGGUCCCUCAUCCUCCUCUUCACCUUCUGUCUGCUGCUGGUCUGGUUCUACUUCUGGUCGGAGGCACAUAAUGACUACAAUGAGUUCAACCGCUUCCUCUACAACCGCUCUGGGCAGUGGAGCGAUGGCACUGUUCCCAUCCUGGCCACCACCGCUGCUGGCUUCACCUACAUUGCAUUUUUAAUGGUUUUAGCACUUUGUCACGUUGCGCUUGGGCAACAGUUGAAUUUGCACUGGCUCCAUAAGAUGGGAGUGACUGCUGCUCUGCUCACCACCACUGUCGGGGUGAUAUCUGUCAAUCAAACAUGGGGGCAAGAGUGGGACGUCAUCCCCAUCUCCCUGCAGGCCACAGGUCCAUUCCUGCAUGUAGGGGCUCUCGCUGCAGUCACAGCUCUGUCUUGGAUCGUGGCUGGACAGGUCACCCGCUCGGAAAAAACAAUGUUCCAGGUGGUGGUCGUGCUGCUGUACCUCAGUGUGUUGCUGGGCCUCUACUUGGUGCCCCUGUACAUCACCUCCCCCUGCAUCAUGGACCCCACCACCCUCAAACAACGCCCCGAUGUCAUUGGCCACCAGGGAGCCCCCAUGCUUGCUCCAGAGAACACACUGUGGUCCUUCCAGAGAGCUCUGCAGAUGAACGUCGCAGGGUUGGAGGCUGAUGUGACUAUCAGUGAGGAUGGAGUGCCUUUCCUGAUGCACGACCACACCCUGCGCAGGACCACAGACAUAGAGAAGGUUUUCCCCGACAGACAAAUGGUGGACGCCUCAUUCUUCAACUGGACGGAUCUGCAGCAACUCAACGCGGGACAGUGGUUCCUCAAGGAGGACCCUUUCUGGACCGUGCACACCCUGUCCCCGCGUGAGAAGACUCUGAUUGCCAACCAGAGUGUGUGCAGCCUGGAGCAGCUUCUAAAGCUGGCCUCCUAUCACAACAGCACAGUGGUUUUCCGGCUGAGGAGACCUCCUCAAAAGCACCCCUGCUACCACAGCUGGAUCAAUGAUACGCUGCAGGCUGUGCAGCAAUCGGGAGUUCCUCAGAGCCUGGUGAUGUGGACUCCAGAUGAUCACAGAGAUCAGGUGAGACAGCUGGCACCCGGUCUGAUCCAGACCUCGAUGGAGAAACUGAGUCCUCAAAAUCUCCAACAGUACGGCAUCAGCAGGCUGCUGCUCAGAUACAACCAGGCCAGCACACAGGAAAUUGGACACUUCUCUGAGAGCAGCAUCAAGCUCACUCUCUACACCAUCAACGAGCCCUGGCUGUACUCGGUGCUCUGGUGCAGCGGGGUGUCGUCAGUCUCCUCAGAGGCCUCGCAUAUACUCAAAAAGGUGCCUUACCCCAUCUGGCUCAUGAGACCAAAUGAAUACUGCCUGAUGUGGGUGUCUGUGGACCUCAUCUCCUUUGCUGUAGUCGUAGGAAUAUUCAUUUUCCAGAACUAUCACAUGAUCAGGUAUCGGAUGAGCGGCAUGCGCAGCUACAACCCUGAACAGAUCAUGCUGAGCGCCGCAGUCAGGAGGUCCAGCAGAGACCUCAACGUCAUGAAGGAGAAACUGAUCUUCUCUGAGGUGGGGAAUGGAGCCGGCAGUGCUGAUGAGCUGUACUCGGACAAUGGCUACGACUACUACACCAAUCAGGGCAUCAGCCAGUGAUUGGGACUCGGCCUGUGUGGAUCUGCUGCAGUGAGACGGAGACGACGCCGGCGGCGGCGCUCUGUGUUUACGUCGUUCCUGUUCAUGUCGGUGUGAAGCCUGAACUCCUCGUCCUGUCCUACUGAUGAACUGACAGACUGCUAUAUCUGAUGGAGAGAAAACACCCCGUUGCUUUGUGUACAUUCUGUAAAUAGUUUUGUGUGUUGCUUGUCAGACAUACUGUAUCUCACACAGGACUACGCGCACUUUUUAUUAAUGGGAUUCGCCAAAUCUGUGGCCUCCUCUCUCGCAUCUAAAUGUCCGAGAGGCCCCUCUUGAGUUACCACCGCCAGCUUCUUUUUAAAGAUGCGUUUCCAGAUUCUUUGUUGUUUUAAGCUAAUUUUCCAAAGCAGUUUGUUUUUAAACCACUGUACAUGAUAUUCUUCUCUUAGCAGAUGGAUUUCUUUUCAACGAGGCGUUUUACACGGCUUAAUCGCAGCACGAGACUAAAAGCUAACGGCUCAUUAUGCUCUUGCCUUCUUUCAGCACUCCACUGUGCUGCGUUUCAUAAAAGUACUAACGUUAAUAUUUAUAUAUAAAGAGAGAAAAAAAACAAAAAAAAACACGAUCAAGCUGUUUACAGAAGUCCUGCCUUCUCCUCCAAGUGAAAUAUUCACGUGGUGUAUGUAAGAUAAUCAUUUUGAUAGAGGCUAAAAGCCCCCCCCCCCCCCGCUACCUUUGACCAGUGCAUGUAACUAACGAUCAACUGAUGUAUGUGAGCUGUGCUCCCAGUACAACUGGUGGAAAUGGUCUGAGGGGGUGAAGAUGUGUGCUGUCUGUUUGUGGUGAAUGUGGAUGUGUUUGGAUUUGUUUUCCAAGAUGUGAACGCUGUACUGUGUGUAUUCUAGCUGGGUAUUUAUUUUGUUACCCUGUGUGCAGUGCUACGUUGAGUGUAUUAUUGUACAUAAAAAGGUGAACCAAUGUGUGAGAUGCUCCAGCCAACUAAGCAUUACAUUUGAACAAUGUGACGGUGAUUGAAUAAUAAUUACGAUAACUUGGUCACGAUUGGGAGUCGUUCCACUUCCUACACAAGCCUCUGAAAUGCAGUAAAGUCUGUGGUAUUUAAGUGUUGACAGACGACAUGCAUCCAGAUGUUGGUUGCUGGUGUUAAACGGACUGCUGUAAGGUAAAUGAAGUGGGUGCUAAAUGUGAAAAUGAAGCUGUAAGCUAAUGGAAGGGACGCUGCAGGAGCACAGGGUCAACAAAUGGAUUGCUUUGUUUAUUUUGUUUAUUUGGGUAUUAUGCCUCAGAAGUAAACAUUAAAAAAAAAAAUCUAAUACACAAGUUUUGAAGUGGUUCCGUUUGCUGUAAGAAUUAAACCACCAGUCCUACAAUCAACUCUACCACCUGAGCCGCCCCUUCUUUAUUUAGAGGUACUGAGCGAAGGUGAUGUGGACUGGCCACUCUCGUCUCUGGACUUUGUUAGUCAAGUUCAGCCUCAUUCAGUCAAAGGAAAGAUAAUCAGGUUAGAAAUUGGUGAAGCAGCAGCAUUAAAAAACAACCUGAAGGAUCUUUACAGCAUGUGAUGAAUGCGUGAAGAACUUUGUAUGUUGCUCAGGAAUAUGAGACUCACAAUAAACAGGAAGUGGAGAAAUUAAAAAGGUAGGUGACUUGAGUUCUUGGUUUGAAAAAUGUUUUUAUUGGACCAUCGAAUCUUCGGAGUUCUGGGUUUUAUGUUUCCCAAAGACAUAAAUGGAAACCACCUUUCACACUGGAUGUACAACAACCAGUCUACCAGAAUAAGAGCAGGUGACAUAAAUACAAAAUAAUUAAAUUCAAGGCGCCCUGCUAUCUACAAACCAUGCAUCCAUCAAACAUCCUAAAUGUGACAGUGACACAUUUCUUGAUAUCUAACAACACAAGGCACCAGUAAGCGAUGACUUGGUCCAGAGACGACCAUCUCUACCUACAGCAGCAGAAGCACAAAUAGAAGUGCGUCAGUCACUGCCAUUUACAUAAAGCACACUAUUGCACAACAAGUGGAAGUCAGCACUGAGCAUGACUUCUCUUUCAGUCUCGGGGUACAAUUAAUGCAUUUCAUUCAAUACUAAUGACUUCAGAUUGUACAGUACUGCAUGAACAUUAAGGCUUUCACUAACCUGCACCUUCAUCAGUUAUUGGGGGAUUCUGCAGAACACCCUUUUUUUUUUAAACGGAAUAGUCAAUGCAGUGAAUGUUUAACAUUGUUUUUGUGCAGAACUGCAUCUUUACACCGAGGUCUCCGUGGACAGGGGGCUCGGACGGAACCACUAGCUUGUAGUGGUUCACUGCUACACUUCCAUUCAAACAAUAUACAUCAGCUUUCUGAACAGGUACGACACUCAACCUUUAAUGGAAAGAUACAUUACAUGCCUGCGACACACACUCACACAGUGAAUGGGAAUAAAUAAAUAAAUAUCUGAAGAUGUAUUGGCUACUCUGAAAGUCCGUUAAAAAAGGUUGUUCCCUGAAUUGAACACCAUUGCAGUAUCUACCAUGAAUGAGCGUCAUCAAUGAAGCUGAAUGGAUCGGUAGAUACGCGGGAGGCUUCUCGUUCACAUUUCAUCAGGAUCGCGACGGGUCAUUUUCUGCCGAAGCUUCUUGCACAACAAAAGCAGCUGGGCUUUAAAAACGAAAACAGGGCGGUUCCCUUCUGCAGCUGUUACCGGCAGCCAUCUGUCAAAGAGGAAUGUUGUGUUUCAUAAACUUAAUUAUCACAUUUUUCUGCCACCGGCGCCUCUCACGAACAAGAAAGCAGUAUGACUUUUAAAACCCGAGUCUUGCAUGUCUUCAUUCAGGUCACAGUGUCUUUUCUUGGUAAUUUUUUUUUGCACAUAAGAGAAAUAAGAAACAGGAAUCAGUGGCAU